ACUAGUUUUAAUUAGCGAUGGAUCGCAAUAAACCUCCCGAUCCCGAUCCUCCCGACAUCUCUGCAUAUGCUCCUCUUUCCCCUAACUAUUCAUUAUCCCAAUUCGCCGAUGUUGCUUGCAGCAUCGCGGACUCCCAUAACUUAUCUGCCUCGAAUGCCAGGAAACGCUCCGGAGAUGAUGCAAACAUUGUCGUGUCAACCCCACCACCGAAACAACAAAGGAAUUUAGUUGGCCGCAGCAGGUACUCUGCUACAGAUAAGGCACCGUUCAUUGUCCACGUGUCUCGUUUGGAACCCCAGCCUAAUGCCGGUACUUCUCUGCAUCCGGUUACCUUUGGAAUAUUUCUCCAAAAACAGAAUAUAGUUAACAUUGUCCGUGAUGGAGUUAAAAAAGUUGGCAGGAACCGUGUUUCUGUGGAAUUUAAAUCCCCUCAGGAUGCAAAUGCAUUUCUUAUUAAUAACAUUCUUCCCAAGAACAGCUUUGUGGCCUCCAUCCCUACGUUUAAUAUAACCCGCAUGGGUGUUGUUGCCGGUGUUCCUACUGAUUUAACUGAAGAGGAAGCCCAAAGAUACCUACAAGUCCCCUCAGGUUGCGGUGAAAUUCUCAAAGUUCGUCGUAUAAAUAGGAAAAUGAUAAUUGAUGGAGUGACCGAAUUUAAAUCCACAGAAACAUGUGUCCUUACCUUUGACGGUCAGGUGUUACCGCCAAGGGUGUUUUGCUGCUACACUUCCCUUCCAGUCCAACAAUAUGUUUAUCCCACCAUC